GCAGCUGUUCUUGCAGCUGGGGCCAAGAAGGAGAUUGCAUACCUGACAAAAUUUGGCCAACCGCUCCACCCCUUUCAACGUCUGCGCCAAGAACUAUACAACUAUAGGAAAGUAUCGCCCUCCGAGCAUCUACGCUUUCUAGACAAAUACCUGCAGGCUGUGCCUCACAUCAUACCGAAAGGCGACGCCACUCUUACCCGUCCAACGCUGAGACAUCCUGAUCUCCAACCCAAUAACGUUUUCGUUUCAGACGAUCUCAGUAUUACUGGCCUGAUUGACUGGCAACACUGCGCAUUACUCCCACUUUUCCUUCAAUGCGGUAUUCCAAACAGUCUCCAGAAUUACGGCGAUAGUAUCACGGAGUCGCUCACACCACCUGAACUACCACAUAAUUUCGAUGAAUUGAGCGAAAACAAACAGUUCGAGCAAGUCAUGCUCUUACGUCGGCGUCAGCUCCACUACUUUUAUGUCGCGGCAACGGCUAAACUUAACCCGAUGCACUAUGACGCCCUGACCCACGGUUUCAGCACGUUGCGACGCAAACUAUUUGAUCACGCAAGUUCUCCAUGGGAAGGCGAUAACAUUACUCUCAAAGCCGACUUGGUCGAGUUAGGACAAAACUGGCCCAACAUCACAGCAUCAAAUUUAAGCACGAACGACGAUGCAAGCCCUCUUUGCCCAAUCAGCUUCUCGAAAGAUGAUGUGAAGGAUUGCUUGCACAUGAAUGCUGCGCAGAUCGAGGCAGAUGAGCAGCUUCAGGCUUGUAGAGAUGCCAUUGGCAUCGGCCACGAAGGGUGGGUACCUUUGGAUCAGUAUAACGAAGUAAAGCAACGUGCAAGUAAGCUCAAGGCCGACGCACUUGAGGCAGCUGGGUCCGAGCAGGAGCGGCUAAUGCUACACGAGCAUUGGAUAUUCGAUGAUUUUGAUGAAGACGAGUAUUCGUGA